AUUAUUUAUGCAAACCGGAGGACAACAUUUACAACAUAGACUUCACCAGGUUUAAGAUCCGGGACCUUGAAACUGGAACAGUGCUGUUUGAAAUUGCAAAGCCAUCUGCUUCAGAGCAAGACGAGGAGGAUGAAGAUGACAACAGUGAACUGGACACCAGUGCAGGCCGCUUUGUUCGUUACCAGUUCACCCCUGCGUUUCUCCGUCUUCGGACUGUUGGUGCAACAGUGGAGUUUACAGUGGGAGAAAAGCCAGUGUCAAACUUUCGAAUGAUUGAGAGACAUUACUUCCGAGAUCGCUUGCUGAAGAACUUUGACUUUGAUUUUGGCUUCUGCAUCCCCAGUAGCAGGAACACAUGUGAACACAUUUAUGAAUUCCCUCAGCUCUCAGAAGACCUUAUCCGUCUGAUGGUUGAAAAUCCAUAUGAGACCCGCUCAGACAGCUUUUACUUUGUGGACAACAAGUUGAUUAUGCACAACAAGGCCGACUAUGCUUACAAUGGAGGACAGUAAUCAUUCUGUGUCCGCUGGAUGCUGCGAUGCUGUUAACCGUUCCAGAUGUCCAGGAGUGGACUGGAGUUGCUAUCUCGUGCAACAAGGCUUCUUGCCAAACCUUUUCUCCUUGCACGAGGCUGAAAACAUGAAGCAAAGACGACAGCUCGUGAAAGUAAAGGAAAUCUCCCUGCAACACUUCUCUGUCCGACACUCAGCAUAUCCUGCCUCUCUUUCUGUAUUUCUGGUUACCUUCAGGUACCUUGGUUAGGUCAUGGAUCAGAGGCACUGUUAGAAAGUCAUUGUUGUUACAGUCUUUAUAGUUAGGUUGCACUUUUAGUGCUUCUGAUGUUUCACUUUUUGAGUGACUACUCUCUUCCAAGACGUCAGAUUGUUUGGGUCAGCUAUUUCUUAGCAGGAAAAUUUUCCCCCUUCAAGUAGCGAGUGGUGCCUGAAGAGCAGAGCUCUUCUUCAGUUGGAUAGAUCAUCUCUUUAGUGCACAGUGGUUUAGUUUGUAUCAUGGCUGAGAAUGCUUUUUAGGGUGCAUCCCAAUAUUCUCCAGUGGGAAAGAUAAAAUAAGAGACUAAUUCAGCUUCU